AUGCCGGGUGUUCCAUCUUACAAAGGCUGCGAUGCCUGCCGGAAGCAGAAGAAAAAGUGCGACAAAGUUCAACCGAGAUGCGCCAGAUGUGAAAGACUGGAUAUACCCUGCGUCAACGUGGGGAAACAGCGCUACAAGUUCAAGAUCCAAACCCUACAGCGCGGAUCGUCAUCGAGCUCGACGCCUCAAAUUGUCGACACUGAUGGAGAAACUUCGAGUUCAUCUACUUCGCAGAAGUCGGUAUCGCCAUUUCUAUUUCAACAAGCUCUAGUCAAAGUGCCGAGUAAUAAGACAACUAUCGUCACGCAUACGUUAGUAUCAAGACUCGAGAUCACAGACUUGCGAUACGACAUAACCUGUUAUGGAGACUUUCUGCGGCAUAUCCCGGCGAGAAUGGGGCGGAAUGAAGCCCUUGACGCAUCUGCCGAUGCCUUGGCCACCACGUUUUCGACACUUCAUAUGCCGCAGGGAUAUCAGACGAUUGAUGCACUGACCAAGUAUGGUCGCGCCAUCAAUGCUUUAAGGCUGUGUCUGGAUAACCCCGUAAAGGCCAGGAUGCCCGAGACAAUGUGUGCUGUGUAUCUCAUCAUGAUCUGCCAGGGUUGGCUAGGAAGAGACGACGAUCCAUCCACAAGCCAUGGCCAGGGUCUAGCAUAUCUCCUCAAAGCAGCAGCACGAGAGAACUGGAAAGCUGGUUUCGAAACGGACAUGGUUCUCACAUUCUGCGUCCCAGUGAUCAUAGAAAGCAUCUCAAACCCCAAAGUCAAAUUAGAAAAAUGGUUUUGGGACAUGCUCGACAACUUCAAAAAGAACAAUCCCCCAUCCACGGCCGAAACAAGACAAGCAAAACAAGACGGACAAGAAGCUGGAGGAAUUCCGAGUCUUUCGAUAAGAAACUUGGGAAGACUGCCGGACUUUAUCAAUGAUCCUGAGACGCAUCGUAUGGAGAUUACAUGUGCGUAUCAUAGACUGUGUCGAGACCUGCGAAAAGUAGCAGAGAUUGUCAAAGCUGUGACAUGGGAGCCCGGAUACUCCCCCACGCCCAUGCAACUUCGACUAUCACGUUCGUACAACUCCGCGUACUCUGUAAUGCUCACAGUUCUCGUCAUAAUGAACUGUCUCAUGCAAGCCUUUGAUCCAUACAACCUCGCCCUUGUGGGUGAAGCAGCACUAUGUUCUUCGGAGGUGGUAUCCAUGGCACGGAAUAUCAGCCAGUACCGACCACUGGGUGCAAGCCAUGUUCCUUUGGCGCUCGCUAUCGCAUGGGCUGCUACUGAAGAAGAGGGUCUGAAGACGCAGCUGUAUGACUUGCUGGGAGAGUAUCAACAGGACUGGAUGGUGACAAGGUGGGAUAAGGUUGGGUUUUGGUGGAUGGACAAGUUUGCCGAAUUGAGAGAGAGAUUGGCGCCUAGGGUUGUGUCUCCUGAUGAUGAGGAGAUAUUGAUCCUUGAAGGUGCGGGUGUGAGUUUGAGUCACCGACCCAAGCAGCCUGCUGAAGAGUGUUGUGUUAUGUAA